AUGGAGUGGAUCCUGCUCACGUCCGUGCUUCAUACAGCUAUGCUGGCAGUUCUGGCCCGUGCCCCAGUAGAAACCUUAGGAAUCGAAGGAUACCCUGUCUUCUUGAAGCCCAAAGUCCCACCUGGUUUCCAUGUCAGGGACACCAUCUGGAGGUUUCUGACCCCCAUAGAAGAACUGGUGGCUAUCUCCUUCCAAGGAACCCCACAGAUCCAAUACCAAUCUCGUUUCUAUGGGAGGAGCCAACUUCACACCAACUUCACUUUGGAGAUCCGUCCAGUGUCUUUGGGAGACAGCGGGACCUUCUCGGUGCUUCUGGUGAACACGACGGGAGAGAUGGAGAAACAGACAUUCCACCUGGCAGUCUAUGGUACGGUCCUCCGGAAGAAGAGGGAUGUGACUGAUGCGGUUUCCAUGCCAACCAUCCGAGUGUUCAGUGAGGAGAGCAACCCAAACAGAUCGGCGGGAUCCUGCGAAUUAUUCCUGGCCUGUGCGGCAACUCGGGGGACCAAUCUCACCUACAGCUGGGCAGGAACAGGGGUCAAGAAGCUGUCUGGGGGAAAUCACUCAGCUUUUGAGAAUGGCCAGGUGCUGAGGACGAAACUGGACCUCUCAGAGGAUAUGCCAGCAAGCUACACCUGCACUGUUGCCAAUGCAGUCAGCCAAAAAUCUGCUACCAUCACCGUCUGGGAACAAUGCCAGAGAGAAUUAGGUGCUAAAGAUGCAGCAUAUGAUUAUCGGGACAUUCUCCUCAUUGUGGUACCCCUGGCGUGUUUCCUCCUGUCUGUGGCAGCCAUCUGGAUCAUACACUCUAAACAUCGCUCAGGGAAACAGAUGUCAUACACGCUUGCAGCCAAUGAGACGUUUCCUGUUUAG